CCAAAUGGUAGUUAUAAACUUCUUGACGGCGAUAAAUCUUACGGGAAACUUGCGUAUUUCUAUAACGGUGCAUGGAGACCUGUCUGCUACCAAAAAUCAGAUGACGUCAUAGCAGACGAACAAAACCUAAAUGAUGUCAAUACUGCAUUUCACGUCUGCAGAGAACUAGGGUUCAUCGGCAACUCAGAUCUGUUUGAAUACAAACUGUGGGGUAGAUUUAGUCCAAUAAACGUCCAGCUUUCUUGUGCAGAAGACAACGAAUGCCAGGUUAAUAUCACGACAGAAACGUGACAGAUAUGCCUAUGUAAGGUGUUCAAACGAAGUGUGUUUUGACAAUGAAGUUGUGUGUCCAGGGACAAGAUCCACAUGCGUUCCGAGGUCGUAUAUGUGUGAUGGUCAACAAGAUUGUCCAAAUAAUGCAGACGAAGAACAAUGCUAUUGCUUUGAGGAUGAAAUACAAUGUAAACAUACCAAAGGCGAGUGCAACGAUGAAACAUCUUGUGAAACCUGUAAGGAGAGAGGAAUGUUUGAGUGUUUCAAUCACGAAUGUAUAAGUCUCAGUUUAAGAUGUGAUGGUAAGCGAGAUUGUGGGGACGCCUCUGACGAAUAUCGUUGUGUUCAGAUAGAUGAUGAUUUUGAGGUAUCGAUGUUCAUGAACACGACUUUAAGCCGAGAAAUAUUCUGUGUUGAUGACAUAACAUUAGAACACGCGAAUUUGCUUUGUCAACAGGCAGGGAAAGGGGACGUAACAGAAAUAAAAAAGGGAUUUGAACGCAUCGAAAAUGGCAGGAAUCCAGUCACGUUAGAAACAAUGACGUAAGACAUUAAUUAGCAA